AUGUCGGUGCAGGUGGCAGCCCCCGCGGUGGAGCUGAAGGAGCUGAGCGGCCCCAUGGACAAGGCGGCGGGGCCGCCGUGCGGCCCCGGCCCCGGCGUCUCCUGCGGCGGCGAGCGGCCUCCGUUGAGCGGUUGUCCCGGGCUGUCCGCCGCCGCCGCCGCCGGGUUGCCGCCGGGUGCAGCCAAGGUGCCGCAGGCUUCGGCCAUGAAGCGGAGCGACCCGCACCACCCCCAGCACCGGCACCGCGACGGCGGCGACAGCGGCGGCGCCGCGGCCGAGGCGCUCGUCAGCCCCGACGGCACCGUCACCGAGGCGCCGCGCACCGUCAAGAAGAUCCAGUUUGCUGACCAAAAGCAAGAAUUCAACAAGCGCCCGACGAAGAUCGGCCGCCGUUCGCUUUCCCGCUCCAUCUCGCAGUCCUCGACAGAUAGCUACAGCUCAGCUGCCUCCUACACAGACAGCUCCGAUGAUGAGACCUCCCCCCGAGACAAGCAGCAGAAGAACUCCAAAGGCAGCAGCGAUUUCUGUGUGAAAAACAUAAAGCAGGCAGAAUUUGGGCGCCGAGAGAUUGAAAUUGCUGAACAAGAAAUGCCUGCGCUGAUGGCUUUGAGGAAGAGAGCUCAGGGAGAGAAGCCACUGGCCGGGGCCAAGAUCGUGGGCUGCACGCACAUUACAGCGCAGACAGCGGUCCUAAUGGAGACUCUUGGUGCGUUGGGUGCGCAGUGCCGAUGGGCUGCGUGCAACAUCUACUCUACUCUUAAUGAAGUGGCUGCUGCCCUUGCCGAGAGCGGGUUCCCCGUCUUCGCCUGGAAGGGAGAAUCCGAAGACGACUUCUGGUGGUGCAUCGAUCGCUGCGUCAACGUCGAAGGAUGGCAGCCCAACAUGAUCUUGGAUGACGGAGGAGAUCUGACUCACUGGAUUUACAAGAAAUAUCCCAACAUGUUUAAGAAGAUCAAGGGGAUAGUAGAGGAGAGCGUGACUGGUGUCCACAGGCUCUACCAGUUGUCCAAAGCAGGGAAGCUCUGCGUCCCAGCCAUGAAUGUCAACGACUCGGUCACAAAGCAGAAGUUUGACAACCUAUACUGCUGCAGAGAGUCCAUCCUGGAUGGCCUUAAAAGGACAACAGACAUGAUGUUUGGAGGAAAGCAAGUAGUGGUUUGUGGCUACGGGGAGGUUGGAAAGGGCUGCUGUGCUGCUUUGAAGGCCAUGGGCUCCAUAGUGUACGUGACAGAGAUCGAUCCGAUCUGUGCCCUCCAGGCCUGCAUGGAUGGAUUCCGGCUCGUGAAACUCAAUGAAGUCAUCAGACAAGUUGACAUCGUCAUCACCUGCACAGGCAACAAGAACGUGGUGACCCGGGAGCACCUGGAUCGGAUGAAGAACAGUUGCAUCGUCUGCAACAUGGGGCACUCCAACACCGAGAUCGACGUGGCAAGCCUGCGUACACCCGAGCUGACCUGGGAGAGGGUGAGGUCCCAGGUGGACCAUGUCAUCUGGCCAGACGGGAAGAGAAUAGUCCUUCUGGCGGAGGGCCGCCUGCUGAACCUGAGCUGCUCCACUGUCCCCACCUUCGUCUUGUCCAUCACUGCCACCACGCAGGCUUUGGCUUUGAUAGAGCUGUACAACGCUCCCGAAGGCCGCUACAAGCAAGACGUGUACUUGCUGCCUAAGAAAAUGGACGAGUAUGUGGCAAGCCUUCACCUCCCAACGUUCGAUGCCCACCUGACAGAACUAACGGAUGAGCAAGCAAAAUACCUGGGACUGAAUAAGAACGGACCUUUCAAACCAAACUACUACAGAUAUUAAGUUCCUGCCGCUGUAUCCCGGAGAAUCGCAAGGAACAAGAACCCAAGUCUUUUCUCAACUACUGUACAGGAUGAAACAGCGCAAGCUUCCUAAGUUAGAGCCGGGCUUGCUCACAUAGUAGACAGUGUGUUUAGGUUAUUUAUUUAUUAAAUUAGAAUACUGUA